AUGAAGACAGCCGUGUUCGGUCACGACUCGGGCGGCGACGGCCCGACGGCCGCGUGCGGCGCGCCCUCGCUCACCUUCACGCCGCCGGCUGCGCUCGCGCCCGGCCACCCGCGCCGCGCGGCGGCCACCGCCGGCGCCAGUGGCGCCAACUCUGCCCGUCCGCACCCGCGACGCACCAGCCGGAUGCAGAACGUGGGUUGCAAUCCUCCGAUCAUUUACCCAAUUAAGGGGAUUGAUAGCUUGAUUCUUGAGAACGUGGGUUCAUGUUGA